AUGUCUCAGGAUAAUGUAAAAAAAUCAGGCGGUGGUUUGCUGCUGCUAAGUCUGCUAAUUGUAAGCCUACAGUUAAUAUUAUAUCCACAUGUUGCCGAAGCCUUAAAUUCAGGUACAGCUGCCACACCCGUGGAGCUUAACUUAGCAACGAGUCCAACUUCGAAUAACACUCUGGCCAAUACAGUGACAACUGAUGCAGCACCAGCCGCCUCUGCCUCCGCCACAUCAGUUUCCAUGCAAACAGCCCAACUGGAUUCUUCGGAGACGAGCAGUGAACAACCCUCCACCACGACAUCGCCAACAACCUCAGCCCCCGUUCAUGAGAUAAUUGGUUCGGCCGGACCCGAUAAAAGUGAACAGGAGGCCAUCCUCAAAGCCCUGGCAUGGCUGAAGAAAAAACGUGCUGCCGAUUAUGGUUGGGGCAAUGAUACUCAUGUUGUUAUCUUGGCCAAGGAAUUGUCGGGAGCCCAAGAUCCCUCAGAUCCCGACGAUCAUUUGCAAAAAAUCCAAGAACUUGAAGAUACCCUAUCGGUCAAGGAAAUGGAAAUUGAAAUUCUCUCCAUGUUGGAUAGACAUCACACAUUACCCAAACCGUUGAAUUUGGAACGAUUGGCCCGAUACGUUUUGGCUUUGGGUUCAUUGUGUAAGGAUCCCAAACAUUUCCAUGGCCAUGAUUUGGUAGCAACGCUACAGCAUCAUGAACCGACACAGGAUAUUGAAUUUGCCCUUACCACAUUGGCGGCAUGUAGUUCAGCGGCACAUGUACGAAAGAGGCAGAUACGUCGGCUGUUGGAUAUAGCCAGUGGGGUGGCUGAUCAGAAUGUGGAUACAAAUGCAAUGGUAAUUUUGGCUCUACGCUGCAUUGUCACCGAUCAUAGACAUCGCCACUUACAACACUUUGUCAGACGCCCGGCUCGCGGUCUGGCCAGUCUCCAAGAUCCUCGUGGCAGUUUUGGUUCACUGCGUAGCACCGCCUUGGCCAUGCAAGCCUUGCAAGAUUUGGAAAACGAUCCAGCCGGUAGUUGGAAUCGUACUGCUGCCUCACGUUGGAUUCUUAGCAGACAGGGGCCCGAGGGCGGCUGGACCGAAGAACCUUUACAAGAUGGCCAAGAUCCCGAUAUUGGUGUUGGCCUUACCGCUGAUAUUAUCUUAGCUUUGGGUUGGAAAGGUUUGGGUGCAGUACGUGCCCUUCAAUGUGAUCAUGUUAUACGAGAAAACAGUGAUACAGCCUCGGAAAAUGGCGAACAAAAAUUAGCAUUACCCUAUGGAUUAACUGGUUCAUCGGCGGAAGAAUCGGAUUCGAAAAAUGUCUCAUACACAUAUACCCUGUGGGUGGGAACAAAUGUCUCGGAGAUUUUAACACUGAAUAUGGUGUCACCCAAGAAUACCAGUUUCUUUAAGGCCAUGACUCAGGCAGCAGAAAUUGAUCCAAGAUUUGCUUUUGAGGCAAGAGAAUGGCCCAAUGGUCACUAUGUACACACAUUGGCUGGCAUGAAGGAGGAACCAAGGGGCUACAACUAUUGGUUGCUCUAUCGUUUGCCUGAAAUUCCCGAUAAGGAUAAUACACCUGGAAAUCAAUUAAUUGCACCAGUUGGUGUCGAUGAAUUAAUGGUGGAAGAUGGUGAACAUUAUCUGUAUUGGUAUAAGAAGCUAUAAAUCAAGCCUUUCCACCCCCAAAAGGAAACUCCGUCUAUAACCUAUUUCAAAAAAAAAA